AUGUAUGCAUGGUAUGUCCUAUUGUUCAUUAUUCCAUGUGUUCAUUCAGUUCAUUUUCAUUCAAAUGAAAUUAAUAACAAAAAAACUUCAAUAUUUGUUAUUUAUCCGCGUUUGCAUUUGUGUAAUAAUGGUUCGUUUUCAUUUGAAUUUCGUACGAAAACAAGAAAUGGCUUAAUCUUUUACACCAAUGAUAAUUACCAUUCGGAUUCCAUUAUUGUUUCGGUUUAUCAAGGUAAAUUACUAGUUGAACAGAAAUUUGGCAAUAACAAAGCUUAUCAACAAUUUGACCAUCCGAUUAAUGAUGAUAAAUGGUACAAGAUCGUGUUUAAACGACGGUCUUCAUUGAUUAACGAAAUCGUUCUCUAUUCCGUUGCAUUGCGAAAUGUGGAAAAUCGUAUCAUUAAAUCGAAAAGCUUAAAUCAUUUGCCGUUUACAUCAUCGAACACGAGUUCAAUGGUUUAUAUCGGAGGUUUACCGAUGAAUAUUUACAAAAAACAACGUUAUACAAGUGAAUUUCUGUUCCAAUCAUUUCAAGGCUUUGUACGUAAUCUGCGUUAUGGCCUAUGUGGAUGCCCUGAACGUAUUCAACAACCACUUUUUUCGUCAUUAGCAAAUAAUUUUCAAUCUGAAGUAUGUGAACAACAGAUCUCAUUAUGUUCAAGUUCAGCAUGCGAAUGUUUGAACGUCGAUGAAGAACCACGAUAUCAAUGUGAUUGUAGCAAUAAAACGUGCGGUAUUAUGACUAUAAUGAGUAAGUCAUUAUGUUGUAAAAGAAAACAUAUUAACAAUGUCUAUCUAAUCUCGUACUGUGAACAGUAA